AUGACCAAGGUGUUUGGACGGGACCUACUUGAAACACUUUUGGAACGCGUAACCCUCUCAGUUCAUGAUAUGGACGAAGCGGCAGUACUGAAGGCAGUCAGACCAGACAAGUCCGUCUUGGAAGGGACGUUUGUGACAAAUUAUGUGGCCCCUAUUCCACAGGGGAUGAGACUUGACAAUGAUCGCGUGUCGGUGGACCUUCCCAAUACAUCGUCCAGGCUCCAGAAGCAGCUUGAGAUCAAGCAGGCGGGAGGUGUUCUUUGGAGAGGUGACUGGCCUUUCGCAGGUGGGCAACACUGGGAAGGAUAACCGGGAUUUGUUUCGCCUUAUGCGAUCUGGAAAGUCAUUUCUUGAUCUGGAUAAGAACCGUCAAACGGCAUCUCUUCUGUAGAUCAUCUUCUCCUCUAGAACGCUACUUCAUUUGAAAGUCAAAACUC